AUGUAUACCAAAGAGCCGGAAUAUAACAAAGAAACGAUUACCUCAGAUAAGUUAUUCAAAUUAGCUAGGCGAUCGAAAAAACCAAAAAUCUAUAACCCCAAAACGAACCGUAUGAUUGCAAUUGAUGGACCAGCAUAUAAUCAAUUGAUAUGUAAUGGAUAUAUGCAUUGGGAAGAGGAAAAAGUUUUAGUCCCUCCAAUUCAUGAAAAAUUACCUCCUUACAAAAAUCAAUGGGAACGUAAGCUUGUUAGAAAUCCUACUUAA